UAUACUGUUUCUUCACCAACCCGAGAAAUGGUGCAACACUCAUCAUCAAAAGUCGUUUCUUAGGUUUCCUUUUUUUAUGAGGGCAAAGUUUCGUAUGGACCUUAGCAAGCAUUUCAAUAAGGUGUGCUAGACUAUCAAGUCCCUUUGGCGUGGAACAAAGGUAGGUGAAUCCGUUGAGAUGCUUAAAGUUCAGUCAACUUUAAGCUUAUAAGCUUAUACAUACGCGUAUUAAUUAAGACUUAGUGAAAACGUUAGCUCAAAUAUUGAUAUAUUAUGUUUUAAAAUAGUCAGUCCUUGCUUUGUAUUGUAUUUUCUAAUCUUUUAAAAAGCCGGCCUUGUAAUAAACGCUUAUGGAACUGGGAACAUGACCGAUCAUUUUGCGGCGGCUUUGAUGCCUUUUUUCUACAAAGGCGCGUGUAGUGUCUGAUCUCACUCAACACAAAGACUACUUUAAACAAGACUGGUUAAAUUUGGUUACUCGGCUUCUAGAUUAUCUAUCUAUGAAUAUAUUUUUUUAACUGACACCUUGAACACUAUGAACAGCGAGGAAAAUGAAGAAUGAAAAUUAUGACACAAAGAAACAUGAUAUAAUAAUGUUUCAUGUUCUUACAAUUAGGGCCAUGUUCAUACUGUAGCGGAUUUUGGCGCCGUCAUGAGAUCAUACCGGAUAGGACUUCUGUUCACACACAAGAACAGUCAUCGCGGCGCGACUUCUGUGAUGGAGCAAAGCUGCACCGCGCUGCGCUGCCCUGAUCCUUGCCACGGCGCGCCGUGUCAAUCUCUAAAGUGAGAGUCACAUAUUGGAUAGGUGUUCACAAUAUACCUGAUAGAUUUUCGUGACGCCACAAAAAACUAUUCCGUAUAGUGUGAGCACAGCCUAUGAUUUGACUCGGUGCCUCUAGGUUUUUCUGAAAUCAUAUUUAAAAAUCUUUUAUUGAAGAAGAAUGAACAAUCAUAGAGACUGCAGUGUCACUUUGCCAUGCUGAUCGAGUAUGUUACAAUAAUUUGUAAAUGUCAGUUUAGACAAAUAAUCAUGUCAAAGAGUUACUUCUAAUAGGUAAAGUAGAAAUUAAAAGUAUCAUUACCAUUUUAGUUCUUAGUUUCCUCCUUGGUAAUAGAAUCAUUUUCUUCUGCCAUCUGUGAAGAAAACUGAUGGCCUCAUAGACAAAGUCAGUGUGUCUAAAUUCCAAUUUGAUCAGCAAUGAGCUACUGUCUAACAAACAUUAAUUUAAUAAGAGGGUGACAAAUUUUUGGGGCCUUGUCAGUGUAAAAUUCUGACAAGGGACAUGGCCUCAAGACAGUGACUUGAGUACAAAUGAAAUGGUGACAGUAACACAAAGUUGGGCUGAAACUGGGUUGACCAUGAGGACAAGCAUUUUCUCAAAAAGUCAAACGGUAGCCUACGAACUGGCUCUAAAGUGGAGUGGGGCGUGGGAGAGAAAAAAGGCUGGGGUAGCCUGUAGACUUUGUUUUGAUGUCGCCCAUCUAUGAAAACAGAUUCUGGUAUAAUGAUCUGAUUGGUCAGAUCACUGACUGUUGAGAUGUGAACAGUGAAUAAUACUCACAUGCAGUGCACUUUUUUUAUUUGAAGCCAAUGCAUUCAAGCAUUGGUCAGGUUUUUACUGACCAGUAUAUAUUAUCGUGACAUUUAUUUCCUUUGCAGUCGCAACUAAGAGUGAACAGUCACAGGACACCAACAAAUACUAAUGGGAAGGCAGCAGCAAUCAAGUGUCGUACAAACAGUCUAUGCAUCUGAGCAGGCAAUCACUUGUUCAGCCAGUAGGAACUCUGUGCAACCUGAUUCAUGCUGGUCAUGGGUUGUUUGCUUGGCCUGUGCUGUUUCAAACAUAAUUAUAUGUGGGAUUAUUAUCAGUUAUGGAGUCAUGUUUCCUACUCUCUUGGCAGAGUUUCAGCAGGGAAAGGGUCUUACUGGUGAGUAGAACCUUAUAAAGGGUUAGUCUACUUAAUGAUAAAGAUUUCACAAUCAGAUUAGAGUAGGGUAUUAUAUUCUGUUAAAUGGCCUUUUAUUUUCUGUUUAGUGUGAGUUUGAAGAUAUUAACUGGGGGAAAACUUUUGACCACUAGUGUAGGGUGCAGUGGGGGCAUACUGGAUUCGAUUUUUCACUAAUUGAACUGCUUAGAAAAUUAAGUUUUGAGUCCUUGACAGACUAACAUUGUGUAAGGUUACAACAGCCCACUGACUAUUACAUGUAUGGUAUGACUUGAUUUCGGCUGAGUUUAUCUCAGUGGGGCAGGAAUUCUAAUGACUUGCAUGGAUCCUAGGCAUCAAGCAGCUCAACUUAUUUGUCUUGAAAGUUGGAGGUUUAUUACCGGCAGGAGUGUCAAGCAGUGAAGUCACAAGAUAAGAGAAGCAAGGGAUGCAGCCUAUCCCAUUCCUCCAGUCAUGUGUGUGUGACCAUUUUCUGCUUACCACGGUUGGCUUAAAGGGGCUCUGUCUGGGGUGGGGUGGGUAGGCACUUGUGAAUUCAGACCUCAAGGUAAUAGAGGAACCUGCUAAGGCCCUAGCUCUAGCAGUGGGCCUUGCUUUGCUUCAAAAAUAAGUGGGAAGGGGGCUGGCCCUCGGUCCCUACCCCCCUCCCCCCCCCCCNGGUGCAGUGGGGGCAUACUGGAUUCGAUUUUUCACUAAUUGAACUGCUUAGAAAAUUAAGUUUUGAGUCCUUGACAGACUAACAUUGUGUAAGGUUACAACAGCCCACUGACUAUUACAUGUAUGGUAUGACUUGAUUUCGGCUGAGUUUAUCUCAGUGGGGCAGGAAUUCUAAUGACUUGCAUGGAUCCUAGGCAUCAAGCAGCUCAACUUAUUUGUCUUGAAAGUUGGAGGUUUAUUACCGGCAGGAGUGUCAAGCAGUGAAGUCACAAGAUAAGAGAAGCAAGGGAUGCAGCCUAUCCCAUUCCUCCAGUCAUGUGUGUGUGACCAUUUUCUGCUUACCACGGUUGGCUUAAAGGGGCUCUGUCUGGGGUGGGGUGGGUAGGCACUUGUGAAUUCAGACCUCAAGGUAAUAGAGGAACCUGCUAAGGCCCUAGCUCUAGCAGUGGGCCUUGCUUUGCUUCAAAAAUAAGUGGGAAGGGGGCUGGCCCUCGGUCCCUACCCCCCCCCCCCCCCCCCAGCCCCCAGCCCUUAGAUCCACCACUGUUUCAGCUCCUGGUUUGGCUCGAUAUUCUAUGUGUGUAACUUUUUUUAGUGGUAUUCACGUGACAUAUGACACUAUUCUAGAUACAAAUAAAUGUCUUUUACUGUCCUCAGCUUUAGUUGGCUCGUUAGCUAUGGUAGGCAUGGGAAUAUUCAGCACACUAGUGGCUAAAGUGUACAACAGGAUUGGUCCUCGUGCAACAGUUAUUCUUGGAGUUGUACUUUGCUCUGGAGCUCUCCUAGCCACCUCACAAGGAAACAGCAUCUAUUCCAUUCUCAUAACAUAUGGCGUUAUGUUCGGGUUUGGUUCAAGUUUUAUCUUUCUCCCUCCAUAUCUCGUCUUGCCGAGGUACUUUGUCAAAAGACGUUCCUUAGCUGUGGGACUUGUUGCUAUGGGCCCUGGUGGAGGGAUGUUCGUCAUGAGCUUCGUAAUGAAAGCUCUUCUUGAUGAGCUUGACUGGCGAAGGACGUAUAUGAUAUUAGCUGGAGUUGUGGCCCUUUCCGUUCCGCUAGUUUGCACUGUUCGACGUAUGCCGCCAGAGGAGGAGGAAAAUAAAGCUAUUAAGAAAGAUGCCAAGGAAAGAUUUUGUGAAAGCGUGUGGUCCCUGUUUAGCAACAAGCGUUUUGACAUCAUAUUUCUGUCAAUGAAUUUGUACUAUGUCGUUCAUUACAUUCCUUCUGUUCACAUGGUGAGUUUACGGGUAGAAAAAAUGGACCACUUCCACUUCGACAUCACUGAAAGCUGUUUAAUAAAUAAAAGUGUAUACGACAGAAUUUUUCUGUUUACUUGAUAGAAUCUACAUAGUGUCUUGAUAAGAAUAGCAAAAAAAAAAGUUGAAGAUUUUUCUUCCCCCUGUUUUAACGUACCAAAAACGUGAAAUUUCACUUCCGGUGCGGUCCGUACAACUGAAAACAGGAAACUGGGAAUGAUUGUGACGUCUUUUUUCAAGACAUUUUCGCGGCAAGCAAGAACGACUGGGAAAUUUGCUUGGUCCAUUUUUUUUUUAAAUUUUUACAUGCCCUCAGGUCAAUGAAUUAGUAUGUUUAGUGCUCCCUGAUGAAAUUUGUUUCGUGUCUUCUUGUUUAACUCUACAGUAGCAUUGUGUGUAUGGGUCAAGUAAUAGUACGUUUCUGGGAAACUGCCUGCUUACCCCUCCCCUGAGUCAACAUCUUGCCCUCAGUGAGAAGUAAGUGUUAAUGUUGGCUUAUGGGAGGGGUAAGUGGGCAGUUUCCCAGAAACGUGUAAUGAUCCUAGAGAGCCAGCCUGCGUGGCAAGCGAUUCCACACGAGUUCGUCGGGAAAGUUGGGACGAGAGCAAAAGAGUGGAACGAAGGGGGGAGGGGGAGGGUUAGAGAAGGAAACAAAGGGUUGACCUCCGAUCGUGACAUAUCCUCCUUAAAACUCUCAUUUCAUCAAUCUCUUUUUUGACGCACAUGUUAUCUUUUCGUCGUUAGGUUCGCUACUGUGAAGAUUUAGGAAUAACAGCCACACAGGCCUCCAGACUCUACCUAUACAGCGGUUUAACCUCAAUGCUUUGCCGUCCUGUAGUGGGCUGGUUAUGUGACUUGAAGCAUAUUGAAGCAAUUUACAUUUUCCAGCUUGUGGCAGGAGUUAAUGGAGUCGCAACUCUUAUUUUGCCUCUUGCAAGAAGAUACUUUCAUUUCGUACUAUAUUUCAUAGUCUUCGGACUGGCCGACGGAGCCAUCGGAUGCUCGUCGACCAUCGCUAUUCUUUCGUGUUUCACCAGUAAGAAAAGAUCGCUAGGAUUCGGUCUUGCUGUUAUGGUCAGUGCGUCUAUGGCUGCAGCUGGUCCUCCUCUUGCAGGUAAAUGUUUUCAAGUUUACUAAGUUGUUUCGGAUCAUUAUACUUUUCUGGGAAACUGCUCACCUACCCCUCCCAUAAGCCAGCAUUAACACUUACUUCUCACUUAGGACAAAAUGUUGGCUUAGGGGAGGGGUAGGUAGGCAGUUUCCCUGAAACGUAUAAUUAUGCGUCAACAUUAACACUUACUUCUCACUUAGGACAAAAUGUUGGCUUGGGAGAGGGGUAGGUAGGCAGUUUCCCAGAAACGUAUAAUGAGCCUGCAGAACAGACUUUAUUAGCUCGCGUUUUUCAGGCGACCGAACCGGAGCGUGAAGCAGGCGUGGAGCGUGAGACAAGCGCGUGUGGUGCUUCACGCCCGCUUCGUGCCUGCCCUCACUCGUUCAUAAAACGCCGAAUGUAGCACAUUUUUUGCGGGCUAUUUCCAAGUUGUCUCUAGCGUCUUUUUCAAGACUUAUUUCCGAGAGCCAUAGACGCAAAAAUUCGAAUAUAUGAAAUUAUGAUGGUGAUAAAGGGCUGUUCAGGUCUUCAAAUAUACUCCAAAUAGCAGAUGUUAUCCGUCGAGUUGUCUUCGUGCUAUGUUUUUAGACAAAAGUUCGUCGUGAAACGAGUAAAAUGUGCCGCCGACUCUUCGGCCAUUUUUCUUUUCACAACCAAAACAACUCAACCUCGUCACCAGGUCUUCUCGGUUUACGGUGCAUUAACCUGCAACUGUACUGCACUUUUGACGUCAUCGGUUGAUUAAUCGCAAAAUUCUUCCAAAUUUGGUCAACAGUAGCAGGUUAUGGUGAAUUAUGCGAGUACUUUUAACCAAUCAGGAACGGAGACAUAUUUUGAAUCAAUUAUAAUCCGUUUUAUUUUCGGUUCUUUAUAUGUGUAUAAUUAUUAGCGGUUUUGCGAUGUAUCUUGUAGGUCUCAUGGCUGAUGAGAUGGGCUCAUAUGUUCCAGCAUUUUAUAUGACAGGGAUUGUCAUACUUCUGGGAGCAUCAAUCAUUUUUCUUGCCCCGUUCGUCAACUCAGAAAGCCAACGAGAUAUCAAUGCUUCUGAAGAAUUGUUCGUCGUGGAAAAAUGCACAGUUGUUUGA